UAAUAAGAUCGUGUCUCAUUUAAUAUUAUAAAAAUGUUGGCCCAAAUUUUUUUUACAAACGAAGGUUCUUCUUGGAAUUGUUUUCAUCUUUCGUUACACAAUCAAAAUCAAAUAGCUAAAAACUGGGUGUUCUGAAAAAAUCAACAUCAAAGCUAACCUAUCAAUCGUUCGUAGCCUUCUUCAACCAUUAAAUUUUUCACCAUCUUCCACCUCCAACUGCCUUAGACAGCUAUCUUCCACCCAAAAACUAUCUUUUCUUGUCUCUCUGUCAUUUCCCAGAAACCAAAAACAUCUCAAGAAGAAACCAAAUCAGUUCUUUAAUAACAAUGGGUUCUUCAACUUCAAAGACCGCUUCUUCCGUUUCUUCUACUUCGUCUUCAUCCGCUAGAUUCUCUUCACCGCCGACAAAAUAUGGCUCCGGUUCAUCUUCACCGGCGGUGCAGAGAGCGUUCUCAUUUCCGACGCCGUUGGUUCACCAUCCUCCGGCUAGAAAAGGCGACACUCACCACCUCGUUUCACUCACGUCUACCUCUUAUGGUUCUCUUCUCCUCAUCGAUCUCGACGAAUCCAAAAACGUCUCCGAACAACCUUGUAUCUCAGUCGCCGGGAAGGACGCACCAGAUCCGGUCUCUCCUGACUCAGUCAUCAACACUUGGGAGCUUAUGGAUGGCUUAGACGACGAAUUCGAAUUCGAAAUCCCCAAACCUGGUAAGCGUCUUAAUUCGGGUUUUUGCUCUAAACCCGACCCGAAUCGGGAUGUGGGUUUAAAUGGGUCUGCGUCGAAAUUGGAAGAGUCUUACGAGUUUGUGAGAAUCGAAGAAGACGAUGGAGAUUGGGUUCCGUUGUCUUAUAAUAAACCAAAGCAACCUCUAUGGAAGCAUUUGUCUGAAGAAUCGUUUCUGUCUGAUUUAGAUCCCAGCAUUGUCUCUUCUUACAAGAAAGCUUUGUCUUCUAAACAAUUAAGUAACAACAACACUCUUAGACCUACAAAAUCCCUCUCUUGUAGCCCUUCAUCGAAUCCAAAUCCGUCCAUCUUAAUCAGCGAAGCACCAAAGUCUGUAUCCUCUAGUCAACUGAUUCCAUCACAGGUUGUUAAACCGAGAACAGAAGACAAGAUUGUGCUCUACUUCACAUCCCUCCGAGGUAUUCGGAAGACAUACGAGGAUUGCUGUUGUGUUAGAUCGAUCUUGAGAGGGCUUCAAGUGACGGUAGACGAGCGUGACAUCUCCAUGGAUUCCAAAUACAGGAAAGAGCUUAAAAGUGUGCUUGGCGGAGGAGAGAAACCGGUUUGUUUGCCUCAGGUGUUUAUCGGAGAAAUUCACAUUGGUGGGAUAGAGGAGAUUAUGGAGCUUAACGAUGGUGGGGAAUUAGCAGAGAUGUUGAAAGGUUUCCCUGCUUGUGAACGCUUGGGGACAUGCAGGAGCUGUGGGGAUGCAAGGUUUGUGCCUUGUACUAACUGUGAUGGUAGCACCAAAGUGUUUGAAGAAGAAGAUGAACGGUUCAAGCGGUGUCCUAAAUGCAAUGAGAAUGGAUUGGUGCGUUGUCGUGGGUGUUGUGUUUGAUCAAGAAGCUAGCUGUGUGGGAUUUUUAGAUUUGAUUGAUGAUGCGAAUUUUAUCAAGAGAAGAAGAGAAAAGAGUUGAUGAAUCUUGUUGACUAAAAGAUGAUAAUAUUUGGUUAGUAGUGUAUAUUGAAAAUAAGUAAGUGGCCUUUGAUUAUUAUUACUACUCUCUUAUGAGUUGUGUUCUUUUGUUCCAUAUACUGGUAUGUUCUUGCUCUUCAUGCUUUUUUUAACAUUAUGAACUAAAUGAUAAUUACUGCUAUAUUUAUAAGUACAUAAUUACAUGAUUAUUAGUAA